GGUGCUGUCUGGCAGAUAUGCUGCUGUUUGCUAACGUUAUUUCCUGCUGCUCUCUGUGUGCUGCCAGUGGCAGAGGUGAGCCUCUGCUGCCUGCUGUUCACUCGGCUCCUGCUCUGCGCUGCUCUGCUGUGGGAGAAAGCGGCCGACGGAUUAUCCAGCUCGGUAACGUUAGCUCGGUAGCUCGUUUGCUAACGGGUCAAGACCACAACCGAGAAGAGCCAUGAAAAGCCGCCGGAGCCACUGAAAGCUAUUAACGGCUUAAUUCGGGACUUUAAUGUACGGAAAUAUACAAAUAAGGAGGUUCGCGGGUCAUGCAGUCGCCUCCAACGGGAACUUUUCUCUAGAAUUUCCACUUGGGAAAGGCUAGCUUAAGUGCUAGCGAGGCUACAAACUAUUUUUAAUUGGCUUUGGGCUCAAUGGCUCCUGCUUGUUUUUCCCUGUCAUAGCGACAGCUUGGGAAAUUAAAACAGGGAGAGGCCCUUCAUGACAAACCAAAGCCCGGUUUUGAAGCGUAACUUCGGAAGACUAGACUGACAAGGGACCAACAAUGAAGAAGCAGUUCAAUCGGAUGAAACAGCUCGCCAAUCAAACAGUUGGCAGAGCGGAGAAAACAGAAGUCCUCAGCGAUGACCUCUUACAGAUUGAACGGCGCAUGGAGUUGGUGCGCGUGGUGUCCCACAACACACACAAGAGGAUGGUGUCAUGUCUACAAGGACACAUCGGCGCAGACACAGAGAAGAGACAUUCCGUACCACGCCUCUAUACAGGAAAUGGUCAGAAAAAGCUUCCUCUGACUGCACUAUCCCAGGCAAUGGUGGAAGGCGGAAACCAAUUGGGAGAAGACUCCUUGAUUGGCAAGAUGAUGGAAGUGUGUGGGGAGGCAGAGAAUCACCUGGCAUCAGAAUUGAUGCAACAUGAGCUGCAGAUAGAGAAAGAUGUCCUGGAUCCCCUCAGCCAGUUAGCUGAGGUGGACAUUCCUAACAUCCUGAAGCAGAGGAAACAGCUGGCCAAAUUGGUGCUGGACUAUGAUUCUGCCAGAGCAAGAUGGUUGCAGGCAACCAAGUCAAUAAUCUCAGGAACAAACACUCAAGCACUGACGGCCAAGGCUGACCUACUCAAGGAGGAGAUGGAUGAAGCCAUGAACAAAGUGGAGCUUUGCAAGGAUCAACUUGCUGCAGACAUGUACAGUUUUUUCUCAAAAGAAGGGGACUAUGCUCGCUUUUUCGUAACACUCUUAGAAGCUCAAGCUGAUUACCACAGAAAGUCUCUCACUGUUCUGGAAAAUGUCUUGCCAACCAUCCAGGAUCAGCAAGACUCGUGGACUGAGAAGCCUGCAUUUGGCACUGGGCUGGAUGAACACCUGAAAAGGAGUGGAAGGGAGAUCGCCCUGCCACUAGAAGCCUGCGUCAUGAUGCUCCUAGAGACUGGCAUGAAGGAAGAGGGUCUAUUCAGGAUUGCAGCAGGAGCGUCCAAGCUAAAGAAGCUAAAGGCAGCGCUGGACUGUUCCACUUCCCAACUGGAGGAGUUCUACUCUGACCCCCAUGCUGUCGCUGGUGCACUUAAGUCCUACCUGAGGGAACUCCCUGAACCUCUAAUGUCUUACCAGCUUUAUGAUGAUUGGAUCCAAGCAUCCAGUGUGUCAGACCCAGACAAGAGGCUCCAGGCACUCUGGGUUGUAUGUGAUAAGCUACCAAAGAACAACAAAACCAACCUGAGGUAUCUGGUGAAGUUUCUAACCAAACUGGCCCAGGACAGCGAGGUCAACAAAAUGACGCCUAGCAACAUCGCUAUUGUCCUGGGACCCAACCUGAUGUGGGCAAAGACUGAGGGGAGUCUGGCUGAGAUCGCUGCAGCUACGUCUGUGCACGUGGUGGCCAUCGUGGAGCCCAUCAUCCAGCAUGCUGACUGGUUCUUUCCUGAGGAUGUGGAGUUCAAUGUGUCCGGCAUGUUUGCAAUGCCUACACCUGCAUCCAACCACAACAAUCACCUUGAUUAUGACUGCGGCACCAUUGAGAGGAAGAGGCCCGGCAGCAUGGUCGGACCAGAGAACGACACAACGCGCAAAGACAACACCCCUAACAAGCACUCGGACCACACCCUUCGUAGAGGCAGUAACACCUUAGGUAGAAAGCAGCACACUUCGCCUGCCUUUCAGCCUCCUUUACCCCCUGUGGAGGCUCCGGGGCAGGGGCACGGGGCUGUGCAGGGUCCCCAGCCCUCAGCUGAGCCCCAGCCACAAGCUCCAUCAGGGGGUCCUGGGCCUGACGCUGCCCAGCAAAGCUUGGCACAGAGUCUGGCUGCUCUGGCAGCCGCUCAGCAGCUUCUAGCCCAGCACACAGAGGAGCUCAGCAACCCAAAGUUCCGCGACUCUACACCGGCCCCGACCCCUCUGCUCCAGAGGAAUGGCUCUGGAGGAGGGGGCCCCGCUGCAGGGCAGCUGGGCACUGGGACCCCCGGGGCUGGAUCCAUGGGGCCCAGUCCACAUAUGAUGCGCAGAGGUACCAAGAAGCAGGCUCCUGCUCCUCCCAAACCGAUGAACCCUCCCCCCAGCCAGUCCUGUAUCUCCCCCUCCGGCUCAUCCCAAUCCCUCAGCCCCUCUCCCAGACCCCUGUCCAGCCACUCACCCACCUCGCCCACGUCACAGCCGUGUGCCACACCCAGACGCUACUCCAGCAACCAGCCCCCGAUCCAGGCGCCCAGCCAUCCCCCUCCGGAGCCUCCGUCACAGGCCAGCCCUCCACCGCAGCCCGCCACACUGGGCCAGCCCGGUGCUGACCAGCAGAGUGCCGAGCCCUCGCCUCCAGGCACCCCGACCCCUCCAGACACCCCUCCGCCCUCCGCUGGCACCCAGGAUGUAGCGCCGCCCUCCCCGUCUCCCUACCAGUCGGGCUCCCUCUCCCGGCCGCGACCCGUUCCCAAACCCCGGAACAGACCCAGCGUUCCACCCCCCCCGCAGCCCACCGCCCUUGCCGCUGACAGCAACGGGAUCUGCCCGACUGCGUACAAGAUGAUGGGUUAAAGAGGCACUUGUGAGAGACCCGGCGAUGUCUUUCAAAGGGCUGAGUCGAGCUUUGGUCCCUGAGCUCGCUGUAGAACAGCAGUCGACGGCGGCAGCGGGCUCCUGCCUGCUUCCUCUCAAAGACUGUGACCUGGACACGGAGAGCACUGUCCUAUAGGGAGGAGACCACCACACACGCCCUCCCCCUCCGCCCCCACGCCACUUUCCUCCUCAUACACACACCUCAUUCAGUCUGCUCGGGGUUCGUCCCAGCUGUCUAUCUGCAGCCCUGCUCUGCCGCCAUGUUCUGCCAGUCCAGCCUGCAUGAAGGACUUGAAUGACAAAAUGUGACAAAAUGCACCUUCCGACGGCCAUGAUGGAGGUCUGCUGCUCCUAGUAAACGAUGGCUUUGAAAGUAGAUCAUGUUUGGAGGGCCGCCACAACAGAAUUGAAUAGACAAGGAAACCGCUCAUUUUCCUAGUAACUAAUCUGAUGAUUUGUGUGUGUAAUUGUCAACAUUUUAACUGACUACUAGCUUUAGUGAUUCCAAAGUCCAAAAUCCAUACCUGUCAGGUUAUCUUAAUAUUAUAUACGUUAUGUAACUUAUCCUAUUUGGGGCCAAUAAUCAAUUUUUAAGAGAUUUUUAGGUGAAAAUACCCCAAAACAUGCAACUUACAUAUGUAAACUCGGAUUUUGGAAAAUUGUGACGGGCAUGUUUCCCCAUUUUUGGACAUGUCACAGCCCUAAUAUGUAAUUGAUAAAAUAAUCAGGAGAAUAAUGUGAAUUGCAGCUCUUUUCAUCAAAUCACCAUAUUGGGCAGGGCCGUCUGCCAUUUCCAGUCACGAUGUUGAAGCGGUCAGUAGCCAUCGUUUACCUACAGAGAGUCCUCCUGACCUCCAUGAUGGUGCCAGGUGAGAUCAUGAAGUGACUCGUGACACAAAGCCUCCACACUGCAACUCUCCACCGCUAUCUUCAUACCGCGCGCCAGACAAUCACACAGCACAGGGCCGCCAGUAUCGCCGUCAGACAGUCAUAUAAAGCAUGGGUACUGGCUGGGGGAAUGCCAAAAUAUGGACUGACGAGACUUGUUUGGUGUGUGGUUUUGUAUUUUUUUAUGUUGAAUAAUUGCCUUAGAACAAGAAAAUGAAAACAAGAGGUAUUUCUGCAGCACGGGGGAGGGGAGAAGGUCAACAGGUGACGUAGAAACCCAAACUGUCGCUUAAAGUGUAGCUGGAGACUGCAGAUUUCCAGUCGUCUCCGCCACUUUGUUUUUGUACGGAAACCCCAUCUUCCCCCCUCCCCCUCCUGUAUUUAUUUACCGAGCUAAAAACAAACAUUCCCUGUGGCCCGACAUAAUUAAUGCAGUCUUUAAAUGUAAAUCAUGCCUUAUGGGUUCCUCCCAGAACCGUGUAAUAAGCAUUAUAUAUUUACUGUAUGGAGGAUAUACUUGGCUCCUAGUACUACAGUAUUUCCAUUAAGCUGUCUUAGCAACAAGUAUGUUUCAGGGACGUAAGGAAGGUGAUUUGACCCUCUGCAAUAGAAGUCUUUUAUGGUUCUGUAUUGUUCCACAAAGGUUGUGUAUUUAAAUGUGUUAUUGGUUGAUUUCUUUGGGUUUUCGAAGCAGAAGUAGCAGGGUUUAGCCCCCGCCCUGCCUGAACACAGUCAGUAUUUUGCCUUUCUGUUUUGCAUCGAUCUUGUGUGUUUUCUCCGGUGUUUACCGGAGAGGGCAUUAAACGCAACAGGCUGUGUGUGAGUGAAUGUAGCAAAAGGACAAUUCUUACCAGCCUGAACAGAAAAGUGGCAUAAACAACUGAUGUUGCACUUGAGUGCAGGCCAGUGAGUGGUUUCCCAGUGAACUGGAUCAGAGGAUUGUUUUGUUGCAGUCUUUCCCGCUGAGCUGAGAGCACGCAGUGCUGUAAACCUCAGUAGUGAUGUGGUGUUAGACUUUUGCCAAGUCAAAAGAUAAAUGCUUUGUUGUAUUUUCUGUGUAAGCUUUGCUUUUUGGCCUCCUAUGUAAUGCAGAGUGUGGUUCCCAGAGAACUGACCCAAUAUGGUACCAAUAGAGAAAGUCUUGAUUGAUGCCCUGAAAACAGGUCAGUCAAGCAGUUUAAUCCCCCCCUAUCUCUCUGCUCUUGGACCUCGCUGCCUUAUCCCCGUGCAUCAAGCGAGCUCGCUAUCUCGAGGCUCUGUGAGACAAAGAAACGCCAUUAAACUAGAAACGAUAAUGCUGCAUUUUUAAACUCCAUAGUUUUGUAUGUAUGCCGUCUGGUGAUUUAAAAUAUGGAAUA